GACACGCGGGGGCACGCAGGAAUUUCUUUGCACUUGCGGGCAGGGCAGCGCGCCCUUGGCUGGGCUCAUGGCCGGGAUUCUGAGCCGCUAUCCUUGGGGGGUCUCGGGGACUUGCUACUUUUUUGGCUCUUUGCUUCUGGGACUGCUUUUCCAACGGGCUGUUGCCUUCAAUCUGGAUGUGAUGGGCGCCCUGCGCAAGGAAGGCGAGCCCGACAGCCUCUUCGGCUUCUCCGUGGCUCUGCACCAGCAAUUGCAACCCCGACCCCAGAGUUGGCUGCUGGUGGGUGCCCCCCAGGCCCUGGCUCUCCCUGGGCAGCAGGCAAACCGCACCGGAGGCCUCUUUGCCUGCCCUCUGAGCCUGGAGGAAACAGACUGCCACCGAGUGGACAUCGACCGUGGAGCUGAUGUGCGCAAGGAGAGCAAGGAGAACCAGUGGCUGGGAGUCAGCGUUCGGAGCCAGGGGCCUGGGGGCAAGAUUGUCACCUGUGCACAUCGAUAUGAAUCAAGGCAGCGCGUGGACCAGAUCCUGGAGACACGGGACGUGAUUGGUCGCUGCUUUGUGCUAAGCCAGGACCUGGCCAUUCGUGAUGAGUUGGAUGGUGGGGAAUGGAAAUUCUGCGAGGGACGCCCCCAAGGCCACGAACAGUUUGGGUUCUGCCAGCAGGGCACAGCUGCUGCCUUCUCUCCUGACAGCCACUACCUCCUCUUUGGGGCACCGGGAACCUUUAACUGGAAGGGCACGGCCAGGGUGCAGCUCUGUGUGCAGGGCUCGGCGGACCUGGCAUACCUGGACGACGGGCCCUACGAGGCAGGGGGGGAGAAGGAGCAAGACCCCAGCCUCAUCCCGGUCCCUGCCAACAGCUACUUUGGGUUGCUUUUUGUGACCAACAUUGAUAGCUCAGACCCUGACCAGCUGGUGUAUAAAACGCUGGACGCUGCUGACCGGCUCCCAGGACCAGCCGGAGACUUGGCCCGGAAUAGCUACUUAGGUUUCUCCAUUGACUCAGGGAAGGGGCUGAUGCGUGCCGACGAGCUGAGCUUUGUGGCAGGAGCCCCCCGCGCCAACCACAAGGGUGCCGUGGUCAUCCUGCGCAAGGACAGUGCUAGUCGCUUGGUGCCUGAAGUCCUGCUGACAGGGGAACGCCUGACUUCUGGCUUUGGCUACUCACUGGCUGUGGCCGAUCUAAACAGUGAUGGCUGGCCAGACUUGAUAGUGGGUGCCCCCUACUUCUAUGAGCGCCAAGAAGAGCUGGGAGGAGCUGUGUACGUGUACCUGAACCAGGGCGGUCACUGGGCUGAUGUCCCCUCCCUCCGACUCUGUGGCUCCCCUGACUCCAUGUUUGGGAUCAGCUUGGCUGUCCUUGGAGACCUGAACCAGGAUGGCUUCCCAGAUAUCGCCGUGGGUGCCCCCUUUGAUGGCGCUGGCAAGGUCUUUAUUUACCAUGGGAGCAGCCUGGGGCUUGUGGUUAAUGCUUCGCAGGUGCUGGAGGGCGAGGCUGUGGGCCUCCGGAGGAGCUUCGGCUACUCCCUGUCCGGCGGCCUGGAUGUAGAUGGGAACCACUACCCCGACCUGCUGGUGGGCUCCCUGGUCGACACUGCGGUGCUCUUCCGGGCCAGACCUGUCCUGCAUGUCUCCCAUGAGGUCCUCAUUGCCCCCGAAGCCAUCGACCUGGAACAGCCCAACUGUGCUGGGGGCCAGUCUGUCUGUGUGGAGCUGAGAAUCUGUUUCAGCUAUGUGGCCGCCCCCGACAGCUACAGCCCUGCCGUGGCCCUGGAGUACAUGUUAGAUGGUGACACGGACCGGAGGCUCCGUGGCCAGAUUCCUCGGGUGACCUUCCUGAACCGCAGCCCGGAUGACCCCAAGCACCAGGCGUCAGGCACCGUGUGGCUGCGGCAUCAACGGGACCGUGUCUGCAAAGACAACAUGCUGCAGCUGCAGGACAAUGUCAAAGACAAGCUUCGGGCCAUUGUGGUGACCUUACGCUACAGUCUUCAAACUCCGAGGCUGCGGCGGCAGGUUCCUGGUCGGGGGCUACCCCCAGUGGCGCCCAUCCUUAAUGCCCACCAGCCCAGCUCUCAGAGGUCAGAGAUCAACUUCCUGAAGCAAGGCUGUGGUGAAGACAAGAUCUGCCAGAGCAACCUGCAGCUGGUGCAGGCCCGCUUCUGCGUCCGGGUCAGCGACACUGAGUGCCAGCCUCUGCCCAUGGAUGCCGAUGGGACGACAGCCCUGUUUGCCAUGAGCGGGCAGCCGGUCAUUGGCCUGGAGCUCACCGUCACCAACCUGCCCUCGGACCCAGCCCAGCCCCAGGCUGAUGGUGACGACGCCCAUGAAGCCCAACUCCUGGUCACCCUCCCUGCGUCUCUGCGCUACUCGGGAGUCCGGGCCCAUGAUCCUGUGGAGAAACCACUCUGCCUGUCCAAUGAGAACGCAUCCCAUGUUGAGUGCGAGCUGGGGAAUCCCAUGAAGAGAGGGGCUCAGGUCACUUUCUACGUUAUCCUCAGCACCUCAGCCAUCACGAUCGAGACCACGGAGCUGGAGGUGGAGCUGCUGUUGGCCACGAUCAGCAAGCAGGAGCUGCACCCCACGUUUGCUCGAGCUCGUGUCUUCAUUGAGCUGCCGCUGUCCAUUGCAGGGGCGGCCAUUCCCCAGCAACUCUUUUUCUCUGGUGUGGUGAGGGGUGAAAGUGCCAUGCGGUUUGAACAGGAUGUGGGGAGUGAGGUCAAGUAUGAGGUCACGGUCUCCAACCAAGGCCAGUCGCUCAACACGCUGGGCUCUGCCUUCCUCAACAUUAUGUGGCCCCAUGAGAUCGCCAAUGGGAAGUGGUUGCUGUACCCCAUGAGAGUGGAGCUCGAGGGCGGGCAGGGGCCUGGGAAAAAAGGGCUUUGUUCCCCCAGGCCCAACAUCCUUGGCCUGAAAGCAGGUGGCAGGGCUAGGAGGCGGCGAGAGCUGGAGCCGCCAGUGCCGCAGGCGCCCCAUGAACAGCCAGAGCCCAGCACAUCCUGGUGGCCAGUGGCUUCCCUAGAGAAGAAGAAAAACAUCACUCUGGACUGUGCCCGGGGCACGGCCAACUGCCUGGUGUUCAGGUGCCCACUCCACAGCUUUGACCGAGCUGCUGUGCUGCACGUCUGGGGACGCCUGUGGAACAGCACCUUUCUGGAGGAGUACUCAGCUGUGAAGUCCUUGGAAGUGAUUGUCCGUGCCAACAUCACGGUCAAGUCCUCUAUCAAGAACCUGUUGCUCAGAGAUGCAUCCACAGUGAUCCCAGUGAUGGUCUAUUUGGAUCCCGUGGCCGUGGUGGCAGAAGGAGUUCCCUGGUGGGUCAUUCUGCUGGCUGUGCUGGCCGGGCUUCUGGUGCUGGCGCUGCUGGUUCUGCUCCUGUGGAAGAUGGGAUUCUUCAAGCGCGCAAAGCACCCCGAGGCUGCCGUGCCCCAGUACCACGCGGUGAAGAUCCCUCGGGAAGACCGGCAGCAGUUCAAGGAGGAGAAGACGGGCACCAUCCUGCGGAACAACUGGGGCAGCCCCCGGAGGGAGGGCCCUGACGCCCACUCUAUCCUGGCCACUGACGGGCACGCUGAGCUGGGCCCCAAUGCGCCUUCUGCACCAGCCACUGCCUAGUGUCCCCUGGCCUGGCUUGGCCCCUGGGUAUCCCUCUACUCCUCCCCCAUCUCUACUGCCACUCCCGCUGCCCAGAGGUGGCUCCUUGGGGGCAAAGAGCUCAUGGGGUUGCUGGUACCACACCAAGAACUGGCAGGGGAAUGAAACCCCACCCACCAACAUUUUCCCUUUAGUGUGCUCUGAGAUGAAAGCAGAGGGGGUCCAUCAGGGAUUGGAUUCUGGCCAGGGUAACCAGGGCUGGCAUGUCCCAAUGCAAAGGUGGGAGAAGGGAGCCCACUGUGAAUACCCCAGGACCUGGCUCCCCAGAAGUGCCUUAGCCUGGAGAGUGGGGAGGGCAUUGUGUGAGUAACUCAGGAGCUCUUCCCUCCCUCUCUCCCUCCCUCAUUCCUUUCUCCCUCUCUUAUUCCCUCCCUUGAUUGUAGUUUGUGCAUUAGUCUAGUGGGUUUUGUCUAUUUAUUAAAAAAAUAUUUGAAGACAAAAUUUCUGGCUUCUUUACUGGAGUUUGGGUACUCUCAUCCCAGGGUCUUGGAUUCUGGCCCCUCUGCAGUGGGGGGGGGGGGCAAAGGUGAAGGUGGUAGGGAGAGAGGGAGGAGGGUCAGAUGACCUAGCAGGAGUAUAGGGACCAUGGCUGAGGGGUCUGGGAGGCUAAUGGUCACAGCCUCUGAGGCAGGGCACUGGGACAAGGGACAGGGGCAGGGAGCUGUUGGAUGGGGAUGUGGAUGGCUCUGGGCGAGUGGGAGACCAGUGAUGGACACGACAGGUG